CCAUUCCGCGUGAAAUGAGCCGUUAGUCAGAACGGUACCAUCGUGGUGAACACACGUGUAGCCCGGAGCAGCUCGCCCAGGCUCUCCGCCGCCACCACCGCCCUCCACACACCCGCGAAAGUGAUAUUACAUUGUUGGCUGGCCAGUUUUUGCCGGUGCGCCCGUGGUGGCAGUGCUCGCGGACCAACGCCUCACUCCGUCCCCGCCCGGGCCCGCAGCACCACCUCCGCCUCUCCGACUCCGUCUAGUCAGCCUGGUGGUGCCCGGCCAAGGGUACUGCCUUCGGCACCCCCCCUCCACUGCCGCCCCCGCCUGCGCCACUUAGGUCUAGCUGUGACGUCACAUAUAGCACCGUGCCCUAUACUACGGCACGUGUGCAUGGCGCCCUGAUUACUCAGUGUUGGACUUGGAGUAGAGAGAAGUGGAGGGUGUUCCCUCUCUCCUAGUGUUAAGACAGUGCAAUAAGAGUGACAGUUGCAGGAUACUUAGCCACCACUAGUGCCUCGCUUGUGUUUACCUCCGGGCAGUGUCCAUGCCCAGGACACCCUCAGCCCAUAUUUAGAAACCUACUUGAUCGCUUCCGUCCGACCCUGUUUAAUAAAGUGACUCAGCGCCCGUAUAACUCUGAAGGAACUUAACCACGGCUCGGAGAUCGAUGUGAAGGAUUUAGUUUACCUCUGUACGACGUGUUUGUAAAUGAACCUCAACACAAGGGCGACGGUGACUGCCAAUGUGCUGCUUGCUGCGUGCCUCCAUGCUCCUUGUUGAAGGUAAGGCCAACACCAACUACCUCGCGCGGCACAAGAGCACCAUCGGACGCUCUUGAGACUCACGAUGCUGCGUGGACGUGACGCAAGAAAGCCCCCUCGCCCCCGACGACACGCCUGCCGUGCCCCACCCCUCCUUCACACCGCCCCACAGCCACGCCCAUAACAUGCUCGUCCUCCAGCCACAGUGGGGCGACGCAGCGGAGUGUUGAACCAGCAGUUUACCGUGUGGCCUAGACCGUGGGCGUGGCGUGGGCGUCUCGCUCCCCACCCACCGCCGCCACGCUCCCGCUCACUGCCGCCCACUCACCCCUAUCACUGACGUGGGUGUGGCCGAGCAGCUGCAGGCCAGCACUGAUGGGGCGUGAACUGGACUACCGCUGCCACACCACCCCUGACCACAACAUGGAGGACAAGCCGCCCAGCAGGUCGCCCUCGCCGCCACACUCUCUGGCUACGCUCCUCCCCGUCAACCUCAGCAUCUCCACCUCCCAGGCCCUGGUGGUGGUCUCCACCCUCUCGCCCUCCACCUCCACACCCAUCACCGUCACGCCCGUCCUGCUGACCAGCGAGGCGACCACUCCUCCUGUCAUGGCCACCCUGGUCACCUCCGAGGAUCGACUAGAGGGCACCAGCAGCGUUGCCGCGUCGCCAGAGCCGCAGUCGCUCCUCCACCCAAGUGUGGCUGAGGCCCUGUCAGCGUCAUAUACCGCAACCUUCGGUGAUGACUCCCUCAGCGGGACAACCGGUGAUGAGUUCAAGUUAGGGUCAGCAUUCACAGCAACUCCUGCCCCCAUCUACGGUGAAGGUGGCAGCGAAACUCCCUUCAGCGAAGUCUUCCAGGCUGAGUACCUACUUGCGGCGCCGCCCCUGGAAGACCUUAAGCCUGUCAUCACACACCCACACUCGGGAACACCACCACCAGGCUCCCCAGGUCAUGCAGCCUCCACUACCAUAUCAGCCGCAGCAGCUGCUGCCGCGGCUCUGCCUAGCUUCCAGGAAACUUACUCUCCGCGGUACAGACCGCUGGGCUCUACUGAAGUUUUCACGUUUAAGACUGACGAAGGAAGACCUGUAGAAUACCCACAGCCUCCACCAGCCCACCAGGCCUUCGCUCAGGCUUCCCCACAACACCAGCAGCAACAACCACAGCUACAACAACAGGCUCAACUCUCACAACAACAACAACAGCAGCAACAACCAUCAGCGCCUUUCGAGCCAUACUCUCAUGCGUCACAAGUGUACUCUCGGCCAGCGCCUUAUCCAAGCCCUUCCGUGCCCGUCAGCCACGCCUAUAGUGGUCCAUCCAAGGCAUUCAGCAGCGAGUUCUACCCCGCUGCUCCCACCUAUGAUGCUCUCCAGCCCCUUCACCCUGAGCAUUACCUUCGACCAUCUACAUCCCACCAUUACACUGAAAUGGGCGCAGCCUCCACCUCCGGCACACCACCCAUGUCUUUCCUUGCCCGCAAAGGACCCGGUGAACACAUUGACCCGGGCAUGAUGCGGCUUCACGCUCCCCCUAUGGCUGCCUGCCGCCCGGGGUCGGAGCAGAAGCCACAGUCGCCAGCACAAUUGUGUGCGGUUUGCGGCGACACUGCUGCUUGCCAACACUAUGGUGUUCGUACCUGUGAAGGCUGCAAAGGAUUUUUUAAGCGUACCGUCCAGAAAAAUGCCAAGUAUGUGUGUCUUGCUGACAAGAAUUGUCCUGUUGACAAGCGACGUCGCAAUCGUUGCCAGUUCUGUCGAUUUCAGAAGUGUCUGGUCGUGGGUAUGGUGAAGGAAGUUGUCAGGACUGACAGUUUGAAAGGUCGACGGGGCCGCCUGCCAAGUAAGCCCAAGAGCCCACAGGAGUCGCCCCCAUCACCGCCUGUGUCGCUAAUCACGGCCUUGGUGAGAGCUCAUGUCGACACUACCCCUGAUGUUUCCAACCUCGACUACUCGCAGUACAGGGAACCUUCCAAUGGCGCUGAAUCUCCCUCCACGGAGGCGGAGAGAAUUCAGCAGUUCUACUCUUUACUAACAUCCAGCAUUGAGGUCAUCCGACACUUCGCGGAGAAGAUUCCAGGUUAUCAUGAUCUGGCACGAGAGGACCAAGACCUUCUAUUCCAAUCAGCAUCUCUCGAACUCUUUGUGUUAAGAGUUGCAUACAGACUUGUGAACAAUCCAGAUGACACUAAGUUCGUGUUCGACAGCGGUCGAGUGCUUCAUCGGUCCCAGUGCGACCGAUCUUUUGGGGAGUGGCUACAAGGGAUUCUCGACUUUUCUGCCUCACUAAAAGCAAUGGAUCUGGAUAUAUCUGCAUUUGCUUGUCUCUCAGCGCUGACAAUCAUUACAGAGCGACAUGGACUCAAGGACACCAAGAAGGUGGAACAGCUACAAAUGAAAAUCAUCAGCUCUCUGAGAGACCACGUCACCUACAAUGCGGAGGCGCAGAAGAAGCCUCACUACUUCUCUCGCAUCCUCGGCAAGCUGCCCGAGCUGCGGUCCCUCUCCGUACAGGGACUCCAGCGGAUCUUCUACCUCAAAUUGGAGGAUCUGGUCCCUGCCCCUCAGCUCAUAGAGAACAUGUUCGUCUCCAGCCUUCCCUUCUGAAUUAAUAAGAAUCCUCUGAGUCUUCACCUUACUGCCAUGGGCUCACCAAGCUUCCUACCCGUCGCUGCACCCCCGUGGUUGACCUCCAGAUGAAGCUGUGGGGCCUCGGCUGACCUGGAGCCGUGGCCCUGAUACAGGAGCAGGUGGUGGCUCGUCAGUUUUGUCUCUGACCCCAGACCCCAAGACCUCGUCUCCCCCCGCCAGGAGCAGCCACCACUGCCCACACGCACACGCCCUCUAUACCAAAUCCACCCCAGCAUUUUGGGUGUUCCUCAGCAAGAGACCUCAACCAGGAAAAGACGACUUCCUCCCUCAAGCUCUGUCUCUCCCUCGACGGGUGAUCCUCGACGGGUGAUCCUCGACGGGUGAUCCUCGUUGAACCUGCAUAAAAGUGCAUUGUGUUUGUAGCUCGCACAUAAUGAUGAAGGGGCAGCGCAUGCACACACACACAGUUCGUUUACAGACUUUUAUUAAAAUAUAAAAACAAUAUUAUUUUUAAUAAUCGGUAAAAUAAGAUGGUUGGAUGGUAGACAAGAGGCGCCAGGCGAGUACGAGAGAGCACUCGGUGGUGCGUGUGUGAGACUUGUCACUUUGGCGGAACGCCUUGACAAACUAGUCAUUCUGUGAUUUAAUGGAAAAUAAUAAAAAAAAAGAUUUUGAAGGAUGAGUAAUGAGAAUAUUGUUUAUACUUUGAGCUCAGUAAAGCUUGAUUACGUAUUUUUGUAAUUACUUUUAAGUCAAACUAGGAUAGUCUGAAAUAUAAUAUUUUCGGCCUUACCUUGUGCAUAGGUGACUGUACAAAACCUUGUAGAUAAAUACUGAUUUACGCUCCUUGAGUCGCAACAAGGCGUAUUAUACAGGUACCUGUAGGUACGCGUCAUGACAAGGCCCAGUCCCAGCAACCGUGAGCAGUAGUACCAACACACAACAAAGAAUCGGUAAUGAACGAGUUCCUUGGCUGCUGGUGACGUUGUGGCUUACGUGCCAGCAAGCCUCCUGAACCUUGUGCUCCUGUGGGCUCUCUUGCCUCCGUAAUACUACUUAGUCAAGUGGUCUCUGUUGCAAGUUUGUAAGGAAUAUAAUAUAUAUGAUUAGGGUGUCAUGGAUUGAUAUUUUUUAUACUGGAAAUCCCGCGUACAACUCAUUAGCUCUAACCUUCAUGGUGCUGCCACUAUAGCAUUCCAUCAGGAAACUAGACGAUAGUUUUAGAUCGCAUUUCUUUACUAACCGGUGUGCACGGUUACUUGGACUGCCCUUUUUACCGGCAACAUGAGAGGUGAUAGCCGCUCUUCGUCAGUAAGAGGACCUUGAGGCCUCAUUCACUAGGACGUGAUUCCUCCUCUUUAGGGGCGAUGGUUGCCAAGUUUUGUUUUCUAAGCUGCUCUGUGUCGUUGACUGUCUUGCCCCGGUGAUAAUACUCUAGAGUAACCGACCUACUAACGCUUUUUUGGUCUAGCUGGGAGUUACAUAGAAGGGUUUCAAGUCCCCCAACGUGCUGCUAGAACUAAUUUUUCCUGUGGAAGUUCUGAGUACCUGUAGCCUGAGCGCGGCGCCCGUCUGUAACCCUGCUAAAGAGAGUCUAUUGUCGUUACGGCUGCAAGCCUAUAUGGUGUCCCAGUUUUAACGUUGUCUGGUCACUGUUUUGCCUUUUAUGUUUUAGUCAGUAUUAUGUGUCAUUUCGUGUCAUAUAUUCAGUGUUUACAAUUUCUUCAACGUAACGUCCACUGAAUCCAAUCCAUGUGCGGGGAAGUGGGUCCUGGUCCAGUAGACACCAACGUCACCGCUCCUGACUGCCCAGCUCUUGGUGAGGGCGUUGAGGAGAUGGACCGGGGUCUCUCUCCCCAUGCGUUUUGAUCUUACGUUUACUCCCAUCACUAUAGUUUCCAUAAAGCAACAGUACGAGAUAAGCCAUAUGUAUGAUUCCACAACGCCUCUACCCCAGCCACACGACAUAUGCUGGUGGAAACGAUACCUAUCUGCAUGUCCAAAGAAAGUGUAAUGAAUCCCCAAGUAACAACGGAAUUCCAAAGAUAUUGGUGUCCAAUAAGGUCUCUUGUUGUGUAAUUGUUUUUGAAUGACAAUCCAAGAGUUAUUGUUCAGUUUAUACCUUAUUUACGUCUGUGGUAGCAUUUUAAUGUUUCAUCACAAACUGUUCACACACACACACACACAUACCUGCACACACGAGCAGGUGGCCUGCAGUGAGUGCAAGAAGUGCGGCCAAAGUCGUGCUUCUUGCAUACUUGUGUUUGCUGAUGGUUUGGUCAUGUCUCGGCCAGAAGGAAUGACAAGGUCUGCAAUCCAUGACAAUUUUAAUAGUAGUGAGGUCUUGGAAGGGUAUUUAGGUCAUCUGAUAAUGUGUGUAUAGUAUAUAUUUUUGCCUUGAGCUUCUUCGUAGCAAUAACCUGGAAGAGAGAAGGCUGUAGUCUCGCCCCUCCAAAGUGCUUUGGCCAGAAGUGGGCGAAAACAAGUUCUCUGUGUCAAUAGUGUCGUGGAAGUUGAUAUAAAUCGUAUUUAUCAGUGUUGAUGACAGAAAACAUUUGUAAAUGUGAAAAAAUUGGUGCUUUAUCCGAUAUCCUAUAUAGAAACAACCUAACAUUAAGACAGCCUGCUGGCCAAGCAACCAAACAAAGGCGGGACGUUGUCAUGCCAUUCUCUCUUCCCCGUGAAUUGCGGUUGCCGUGAUGUCACUGAAACGAUCUUGUGCAAGUAUCCAUAUUUUCUACUGCCGUCUCUACCUGGCCUCACCUUUAUGUGACGUCCGCUUAUAGAGUUAUCUUUGUUCUAUAUAUAUAUAUAUAUAUAUAUAUAUAUAUAUAUAUAUAUAUAUAUAUAUAUAUAUAUAUAAAUAUUAUAUAGCAAAUAUAUAUAUAUACACGCACCGAUCGUUGCAGUGACUAUGGCGUUCGCACAGCCCAGCCACCUUAUGCCGAAAGACAAUAUAAUUAGUCUUUUAAGUAUAAAAUCACCCUUUCGUAGGUGGAUCCAAGAUCAUCCGACAUUGGUGGGUGAAGUUCCUGUUGUAAAUGAAUCCAACAUUGUGGAUAUCAGUGCUCGGCGACUCGAGGCUGGUCUGUGCCCGUACCGACAAUGUUACCAGUCAUGCAGAACCUAUUCUAGCCUUACAUGUGGGUUACCAUCUGUUUUUAAGAAUAAUAGUAUAAUAUAUAGAGUAAUCCUAGUUGGAGAUGCUUCAAACAUACAUGGUCCUGUCGCGUUGAGCAUAAUCAUUGUCUUCAGAUCAUAUGUAUGUGAGUAAAGUAAUUUAUUUUUCUGUCCAACCUCGAUAUUGAUUGUAUAUAAUAGUUCCAGCGACACGGAAGUGGUUAAGCUGUCUAAGAGAAUUUUUUAAGAAUUUAUUUUCACCGCAAUUUUUUGUGCUACGUUCGCUGUGUGGGUGGCAGCGUCUGUUUGUCUGUCUACAUUUGUUUCUAGUUGGGUGUGAAGAUAAAAAAAAAACGAAUUUUUAUUGAGGCUGAGUAUCCUUAGAGCUAAGGAAGGAUUUUCAGCCUAAGUGCCCGACUAUGUAUACUACUAUUUUCGCGUCUGAACGGUCCAAGUGUCUUAAUGACGUCAUAUCAUCUGAGAAUUCAAAAGGGCAAAACCUGGUUUGUUUUUUUGGUGUGUUGAGUCAUAACUGAUCAUCAUAUUGAGUGUAUAAGUGUUCAUAUGAUUGUUAACGCCUACAUGUUGAAUAAAAUUCCUCUUGUUGUCAUAAAAUGCGUUAUGUUAUUCAUCUUACAGUGAAGAAAGUGUUUUUGGAUACAAUGCCUAUAGCCUGUAGGGGCUCCUUUCCCAACAAGGUUCACUCACGCUAGUGUAUUAAAAAAAUAACUUAUUUUUUCAUGGAUUUGGAUAAAUUUAAAAAAGAAAAAUGUCACUGAUCUCACAAUCAUUGGACCAACAAAACAAUUUAUAGUGCACCUUAGGAUAAAAACAAAGAGUCAUAGAGAGAAAUACGUGUACUUGUAGAGAGGUCAGUCAGACCUCAAUUGUUUUGCAUUAUUAUGUACAAUGACUAUUUCCCCCAACCCAUUCCUACCUAAUGCUUCCUCUUCCUUACUUCUUCUACCUCACACACACACACACACACACACACACAUACAUAUAUAUAUAUAUAUAUAUAUAUAUAUAUAUAUAUAUAUAUAUAUAUAUAUAUAUAUAUAUAUAUAUAUAUAUAUAUAUAUAUAUAUAUAUAUAUAUAUAUAUAACCAGUUUCCUCCUCCUCUAUUACCCCAAAAUUCCCUUCCUCCUCUUCCUUCCAUUCACCCUCGCCCCUUUCGGAUUGUCCACACUUGUGAUAUCAGAGUCAUUUUGUAGAUGUACCCGGCCCGUCAGGGGGGUCUUUUGAACAGUCCUUUCCGGAGGUCCCAUCAAGACCCAGUGCAGGUCUUACACGGGCCCCUCAAGAGGUCCUAUAAUCGCCUGUCUCAUCUGCUGUUCCCACUUUUCCUAUUUUUGAGAUAAUAUAAAUGAAAGAACUAA